AUGGGUUCAAAAUCUACAUUUGGGAUGAAAGCCACCAACUUCUGUGCUCCCAAUUAUGGGUUUACAGCGGAUGGUGGAGGCCGUUGUAAUCCUUCCAACGAGCACUUCGUGCUUCCCAUUGAGGCUUUUGAGAAGAUCGCCAUUUGGAAGGCUGGCAACAUGCCUGUUCAGUAUCGAAGAGUCAAGUGUAGGGAAGGAGGCGUUCAAUUUACGAUUGAUGGUUCAGUCAUCUUUGUAUCGUUGCUCAUCAGCAAUGUUGGUGGUGCUGGAGAUAUAGUUGCAGUUAAGAUUAAGGCAGUUAUAGGGCUUGAUAACAACACGCUUAAUUCAACCACAAAAAGAAAAGGCAAGUACCUUUCUCAUAAAGAGGUUACAACCGAGUUAAGAGUUCUGCUAGCGUUGACUCAAAACAGAAUACAUAUAACAGAUUUAGAACUUGUUUGUCAACUUAAAGCAUAUGCAUAA